AUGGAAGCUGCAAUUCAUCAAUUCAGGAGGGCAUGUCCCUUCCUUCAUAAUAAUUCUACCGCCUCUCUUCGCAAGCUUUCUCGUAUGCCUGCACCUACUACUGGCAUUUCUGAAGCUGGAAAUGUGCGUGGUAAUGCCUUGGUUUUUAUGGCGCAAAAGUGUCCCGUUAUGGGAAAAGCCAUGGCUAUUCAAAGCAAAAGUUAUCUUCAUACCUCCGCUAGGUUGGCGAAACAACCUACUUCUCCUUUGAAACAAGCUUCAGUCGUUCAAGAAAGCCGAGAUACUACUCAUCGUGAGGCUUAUUCAUUCGCUCAAAAACAACCUGUAUUUCAUUCUACCAAUAAUCAGCACUUUGAUUAUGAAACAUUAUAUAAAACUGAACUUGAUAAAAAACACCAUGAUAAAAGUUAUCGUUACUUUAACAACAUUAAUCGAUUGGCUCAACAAUUUCCCAAGGCUCAUACCGCUAAUUUACAAGAAGAAGUGACUGUCUGGUGCAGCAAUGAUUAUUUGGGAAUGGGCAGAAAUCCCGUGGUUCAUGAUACCAUGCAGCGUACAUUGCAUAAAUAUGGUGCCGGUGCAGGUGGUACUCGUAAUAUUGCAGGUAAUUCCGCCUUGCAUUUACAACUUGAAGCGGAAUUGGCUGACCUUCAUCAUAAACCUGGUGCCCUUUUAUUCACUUCUUGUUAUGUCGCUAAUGAUGCGACUUUAAGUACUUUGGCCUCAAAACUUCCUGGUUGUGUCAUUUUCUCGGAUGCUUCGAACCAUGCUUCCAUGAUUCAAGGAAUUAAACAUUCCGGUGCUAAAAAAAUGAUCUUUAAACAUAAUGAUUUACAAGAUCUUGAAACUAAACUUCAAUCUGUUGACAUUAAAACUCCAAAAAUUAUCGCAUUUGAAAGUGUCUAUUCUAUGUCCGGUUCCAUAGGUCACAUCGAUAAAAUUUGUAAUCUCGCAAAAAAAUAUGGUGCAAUUACAUUUUUAGAUGAAGUUCAUGCUGUGGGAAUGUAUGGUCCACGUGGUGGUGGUGUAUCUGAGCAUUUGGAUUUUGAUUUAAAUGCUCGUUUUCCUCACGGAAACAAUGGCAGCAUUUUGGACAAGGUUGAUAUUAUCUCUGGUACACUUGGUAAAGCCUUUGGUGUAGUUGGUGGCUAUAUUGCUGGUUCUGCCGCCUUGGUUGAUAUGAUUCGUUCUUAUGCUCCCGGUUUCAUAUUUACCACUUCUCUCCCUCCGGUCAUUGCCGCUGGUGCUAGGGCUUCUGUUCAAUAUUUAAAAGAAUCUACCAAUGAACGUGUGAUGCAACAAUUAAACACCAGAAUGCUCAAGGAUCGUUUAGCCGAACUUGACAUUCCAGUUAUUCCAAAUCCUUCUCAUAUUGUUCCUGUGCUUGUGGGCGAUGCUGAGAUUUGCAAGAAUGCCUCUGAUCAAUUGUUGCGUGAACAUGGAAUAUAUGUGCAGUCUAUUAACUACCCAACUGUUGCUCAAGGUGAGGAACGGUUGAGGAUUACUCCUACGCCUGGUCAUUCUGAAAAAAUGACUGACGAGCUUGUUAAUGCCUUGGAAACCAUUUGGAGAAAGAAUGGUUUAAAGAGAGUUUUUGAUUGGAAACAAGAAGGUGGAAGAGCCGGUGUUGGGACUGAUGACCCCAUUCCGAAACCAGUUUGGACCGAUGCUCAAUUGAGAGUUGCAGUUGACCCUG